UCCUGGUCUGGCUGCUCUCCGGGGGAGGAGGAGAGAAGCGACACUGCGGUGUUUGCUAGUCUCAACAAAAUGGCUGCGAGACCACUGACGCCGAGCGCUCACUGAAACGCCUGCCAUGGCCGUGCUCUGCGACGUCUGGACCCUUGCAGAAUGUAUUUUCCCGGAGUCGCUUCUCACUUUGCAUUCGCGGUAGCCGGCGCGUCACUAGUCGUCCCGCUGGUCACCUAAAAACGAAACAUUUCUUUUUUUUUUUUGCACUUUAAACCAAGUUGGUCGGCUGGCUUUCGGACGGCUGUCGGCUAUCCGGACAAAAAACUGCGCCAUUCUUUUUUUCUUUAUUCUUUUUUUCUUUUUUUUGAGAGGGGUAUCGAGGCUCAACUUCUACUGGCUGACGUCGUCUGUAACAAUUUAGCUGCCUUUUAACAAGGUCGUUCCUAAUCGUAUCGUUUGUUUUUGUUGUUGUUGCCUACGCUUCCUCCCCCUCCCCGCCCCUUAUUCUAAAUCGCAUAUGGCUUUUUAGCGUUUAUAUUUUCUGCGGCAUUUUUUAAAUGUUUCCCUCAAGCUUCACAAAACAAAAUUGUGGUUUUGUGUGUGGGGCUGAAGAGGGGGGCGUUGUUUACCUCGCAAUCCUGUCACCAAGCUGCUACGGCGGCCGCCGGCGAAGCUGCCAAGUCUUUACUGAAUCUGCUCCAUCGCUUUACGGGUAACUUUGGAGAGGACACCGGAGAUUGAUUAAAAGCUGCAAAAGCCGUGUUUGACCCAAGCUGCGAGAAGCAAGCAAAACAAGAACGACAACCAUUUGAUGGAAGAAAAGAAAAAGAAAAAACAAGAAGAGAAGAUCAAGAAGGACAUCGCUCAGAAAAAGGCUGCUGAACAGAAACCCAAAGUGCCAGAGCCUGCUCCCACUAAGCCCAGUCCCUGCACACUCCACCCCGCCAGCCCUACGCUGCCACUCUCCUCCUCAUUGUCUUGUGGAAAUGACAAGCGCGCCUCCUGCGGCAGCCAGCUCCACAAUCCCGUCGCCCCUCAGCCGCAGUGCCCGUCGUCUUCUGCCGCCGCUCGCUACCCACCCCGAGAGGUGCCCCCUCGCUUCCGGCAGCACGAGCACAAGCAGCUACUGAAGAGAGGCCAGCCGCUGCCCGCGGGAGCCUUCGGUGCUCUCCCGGCCUCGUUGUCACCUUCGUUACCUUACUCGCAGUCCUCUACAAGUACCAGCAGCGUUAGCGCAAACUCAGCAGAGUUCACUGCAGACCAACAACUCUCAGACAUAUCCCCCAGGAGUGGCCCUGUUGCCCAGAGUUGCCAUUGGGGAGCAUCCUCGCAUUCAGACAGCACUUGCGGUGCCAACAGCUGGAAUCAAGGAAAAAUUGACGGAAGUGACACUGAAGCUUGGCCCUCUAUUAGCCGCAGCAGUGAUCCUGCAGCACCAGAAUGCCCCUUGGGCUCAGCUAAGUACAGCACAGACGUCAGCGCUGUCACUACCGUCGGUAAUACUUUUCUGAGUAUGGCCACAGGUGCCACAGGCCAGCCGGCCCACUACACAUCCCUCAAAUCAAACAAUAACAUGAUGACAGGACCUGGGUCUGCCAACACAUUGUCCAGUAACAGAGGUUGGGGCUCAGACGCCAAACAAGAUGGAAUGAACGGAGGGCGAGGAGGCACGCCUAAUCAUUGGGGCUCACCCGGUUUUAACUUGAAUCUUAAUCCCAAUGCCAACCCUUCAGCGUGGCCUGUUCUCGGUCAAGAGGGCGGCGGUGGUGUUAUUGGCCCAAAUGGGGUCUCCCCCUCAUCUCACCCACCGGGCAAUGGAAACAUUGGCAACGGGAGCCUUGGAGGCACAAGCACGUGUGGCGGAGGUUGGGUUAGCAUGGUUGGUGCUAAUGAAAAUGAACAGCAGCGCCCUUCAACCAACACAAGCUUGUCCUUCAAUAUGGAAACUAACCUUAACACUGAUGGACCAAACCACACCAAGCAACAAGCUCAGGAGCCAAUGAGCCCUCUCCACGGCUUAACUGGCUGGGGAGGUCAGUCGCCAACUGAAUCAUCCCAACUCAAUGAAGACACAACAGGCAGCUCUGGAUGGGGUAGCGGGGAAACUAAGGCAGCGGACUCCCCCAAAGACUCUGGCUGGGACGCAGCUCCCCCCGCAGGCCUCUCUGCUUGGGGCCGACAAGGAAGCGGGGGUGGCGGCAGUAAUGGAAGUGGUGGCUGGGGUGACUGGGGGAAAUCCUCAGGAGGUGGAGAUGCAUCGAAAGGCUGGGACUCUGUCGAACCUGUCGUUACGGGUUCAGGUCAAGAGCAACAACUUGGAUCAUGGGGUAAGCAGGCUGGAGCUGCCCCAGCCAGCGAAGGUAGUGGAGACAGUAGAGAUGGGCAUUCUCACCACAGAGAUAGGUCCUCAAGCAUGGAUUAUACCCCAGUGUUACCCCGACAAGACCUGGACCCUCGGGUGCUCAGUAACACCGGUUGGGGACAGACUCCCAUCCGACAGCACACGGUGUGGGAGAUGGAGGAAGCCAACUCUGAUGAUGGCAAAAGCAACAGCAGCUCAGAUACAUUUGAAAGUUCUAGUUCUAACAGUGGAUCUGUGUGCACCAAUGGCGGUACCGUCAACCCCAACAUGGGUACCAAUCCGCGGCAUGGAUCUGAUGGAAAACAUGAGAGUGAAGGAUCAUCAGGCUGGGGAGCCCCUCCACCUCCGCCAGUCGAGACUUCCUCGGGAUGGGGCGAUGCCCCGCGUUCACAGAAAGAAGCCACCAAUGGCACUACCAGUGGCUGGGGAGACCCCAGCGGACCGAAAAAUGCAGGCAUGACAUCUUGGGGCUCUGAGGACAAGUCACCAAGCUGGGACAGUGACAUGACAAAAAGCCAGUCCAAUAAUUGGGGGGAGGGCCCGCUUAACUCCCGUGGUUGGGGAAAUAGUAAUAGCGCUGCCAACAGUUCUAGCACGAGAGACUGGGGAGAACCAGAGCGCAAGAACAAUGGCUCCCCCAGCAGCAUGUGGGAAGGAGAAGCAGGCAAUGGAGGUAAUGGGAGAUGGAAGGAUAACCCGAGAGAGGCAAUGCGAGGAGGUGCUAAACUUACUACGUCUUCUGUAAGUGGCGGCACAUGGGGAGAAACAUCCCGUGCCAAUGGUCCAGUGCAGGGCACCUGGGGCUCCUCCAAGACCACCGAAAGCAGUGGCAGCAGCACUGGUAGUGGAGGAGGGGGUAGCAUUGGUUCUUGGGGAGGUCCUGGUUCUGUCAAACAGAACACCUCCGGCUGGAGCAGUGGCAGCAAACAGGACCAAGGCUUGGAAUCUACAGGUUGGGAGGAGCCCUCCCCUCCUUCUAUCCGUAGGAAGAUGGAGAUUGAUGAUGGAACAUCUACCUGGGGAGAUCCUGGCACACACAGCAAGACUGUCAAUAUGUGGGAUCGCAAUAAUCCCAAGAAUAAUCCCGGCAACAGCGGCCCACCUCCCAUUAAGAACGGUGGCAUGAUUACGUCCAACAAUAACAAUCACCCCGUUGGCCCUGGCAGCAACAAUCACCACCACGGCCACCCAAUGCACCACCAUCCUCACCAUGCCAACGUUCCAAGCCAUCUCCAACAUCAGCAUCAUGGAAACAACUAUGGGCCACCCAACACUUGUGCCCCACACCCAGGUGCCGGCCCCCAGAGUCGACCUCCCCUUGCUAACCCAGGAUGGGGAGACCUCCCCAGUGUUCAGCCUAAAUCAGAGCCUGCUUGGGGGGAGCCUGCAGCUCCAACAUCAGCUGUGGACAACGGCACCUCUGCUUGGGGAAAACCGUCAGGCGGUUUCAGCGGAUGGGGAGAUGGUGUUCAUGAGCCGGCUGGACCUUACGGGAGGACCAACGGACCCUCCUGUGCUGCACCCUGCAAGCCUGGUCCCAAACCUAUGCAAGACAGCUGGGGGAAUGGAGGGGACGAAAUGGGCAUGUCUACAGGCCAGUGGGACACUGAGGACGGGGACAUGUGGAGCAGCCCCACCUCGCUAGACAGCAGCUCUUCUUGCAAUUCCUGGGGCAAUGGACUCAAGAAGGGCCCAAGCAAGGGGAAGAUGAUUAACAAACCAGAUGAGACCUGGAUCAUGAAUCGUCUCAUCAAACAGCUCACUGACAUGGGUUUUCCGAGAGAUCCUGCUGAGGAGGCAUUGAAGAGCAACAACAUGAAUCUUGACCAGGCCAUGAGUGCUCUGCUGGAAAAGAAGACUGACCUGGACAAGCGUACAAUGGGCAUUUCCGAUUACAGCAACGGCCUGAACAAGCCACUGGUGUGUCGACCAUCCCUGCUCUCUAAAGAUCCCUCCGACCGCAACGCCUACCUUGACAAGGAUGGCGUUCUUUCCGACGAUGCCCCCCCAUCACCAUUUAUGCCUUCCCCCAACCUGAAGCUCCCCCUGGCCAACAGUAGCCUUCCUGGGCAGGGUCUGGGACCGGGCAACUCGGGGCUGGCCAUGCAAAACUUGAACAACAGACAGAUACCCAGUGGAAUGUUUGGCAACAGUGGAGCAGCACAAAGCCGGGCCAUGCAGCAGCAGCCUCCUCAGCCACCAGUGCCACCUCUGAGCUCCUCCAUGCCUAGUCUACGUGCUCAAGUGCCUCAGUUUCUCUCCCCUCAGGUCCAAGCACAGCUCUUGCAAUUUGCAGCAAAAAACAUUGGUCUGAACCCUGCACUUUUAACCUCGCCAAUAAACCCUCAACAAAUGACCCUGUUGUACCAACUUCAGCAACUGCAAAUGGCAUACCAGCGUUUACAAAUCCAGCAGCAGAUGAUGCAGGCGCAACGUAACGUUUCCGGUCCCAUUCGACAACAAGAGCAGCAAGUCGCACGCACAAUCACCAACAUGCAGCAGCAGAUCCAGCAGCACCAGCGUCAGCUCUACCAGGCGCUGUUGAUGAAGCAGCAGCAGCUUCCCUCUCAUUCCGCCUCCUCUUCCUCCUCCCAAGCUGGUCUGCAUGCCCCCGGUGGCCCCACCGGAGGCCCCGGAUCCGCAAAAUCAACCCUGGACUCUUUCACAGGCCCACAUCACGCUCCGGGCCUGGCCGACACACUGCACACCAAAGAGCCGCUGUCUUCACCCAACGCCUACAGCACCUACCCUCUUUCUGGACUGAAUCCAAACAUGAAUGUAAACUGCAUCGAGGUUGGGGGUCUGUCUCUGAAGGAGCCCCCUCAGCCCCAGUCCCGCCUGUCCCAGUGGACGCACCCCAACUCCAUGGACAGCCUCGGGGGCAACACCUCAAACCUGGAGAACAACCUCAACAAACACGGUGCCAUAUCUGCCGCCUCUACCCUGGGGCCCCCUGGGAAGCCCUCACAGCUGGAGGAUUCCUACAGCCCAUACAAUCUGAUGUCCAGCUCGGACUCCCCCGCCAGCUCCUUGGUACCCCCAGAUAGCUGGGGCCAAGGCAAGAACCCCAAUGAAAAGAUCACCAACGGGACCAACAUUAACUGGCCCCCAGAAUUCUGCCCAGGCGUGCCCUGGAAGGGCCUUCAGAAUAUUGACCCUGAGAAUGACCCCAAUAUGACCCCCGGAAGUGUCCCCAGCGGUCCCACCAUCAACACUAACAUCCAUGACGUCAACAGAUACCUUCUGCGUGACAGGAAUGGAGGUAAAUUGUCUGAUGUGAAGUCCACCUGGUCCACGGGCUCCAUAACCCAGAAUCAUGCCUCCCUCACCCACGAGCUGUGGAAAGUCCCUCAAGGCCCACGCGGUUCCGCUGCCCCAUCCCGACCCCCACCGGGCCUUACCAACACCAAACCUUCCUCUACCUGGGGGGGAAACUCACUGGGUCUGGCCCAAGGCUGGAGUGGCUCUUACGCCUCUGAGGGGACCACCUGGAGUACAGACAGCUCCAACAGAACCAGCAGCUGGCUGGUGCUGAGAAACCUCACACCUCAAAUCGACGGCUCGACUCUGCGGACCCUGUGCAUGCAGCACGGCCCCUUGAUCACAUUCCACCUCAACCUGACCCAAGGGAACGCCGUGGUGCGCUACAGCUCCAAGGACGAGGCCGCCAAGGCCCAGAAGUCUCUGCACAUGUGUGUGCUAGGGAACACCACCAUCCUGGCGGAGUUUGCUGGCGAGGAGGAGGUGAACCGCUUCUUUGCACAAGGCCAGUCGCUGGCCUCAAACAACACCACCAGCUGGCAGGCCAACCCCGGAGCCAAUCAGAAUCGAAUGGGCGGGGCUGCGGUGUCACACUCCAUGGGCCAGUGGAGCACCGGCGGAGGAGGAGGCAGCGGCAAGGCCAGCGGAGGCGACCUCCUUUGGGGGGCAGUGCCCCAAUACUCCAGCCUGUGGGGGCCUCCGAGCGGGGAGGACGCACGUGUGAUCGGGAGCCCCACCCCCAUUAAUACCCUGCUGCCUGGUGACCUGCUGAGUGGGGAGUCCAUGUAGAAGGAUGCCACAGGUACGAUGGAUGCAGCACCACCACCACAACAUGGAUGUUGUACCAACAGGAGCAAAACCCAAGCAAAUCAUGUGGCGAUAAUCAACACCAUUUGACAACUUUCUGCAACUGUGAAAUGGGAAACGGAAGGCUCGACCUGCCUUCUGUUUCUUCUAUGUUACUUUUUAUUCCUUUUACUUUGCAACCUAAAAAAAAAAAAAAAAAAACUCAAGCACGACACAAAGAAACCUUUUUGAGUCUUUUUUUUUUUUUAGGAGAAGCAAUCAAAGCUGCCAUCUACCUUUUCCCUCCAAGAAGAAUCAUCCCUGACAAAAAAAAAAAAAAAGACUCUCAAGCGACCAUUCCCAGCAUGCCCUUGGCCAAUGAUGUGGUUGGAUGACCUUAACUCGUUACUCUUUGUUUCUCAGCACUAAUAUUAGCCUUAGGUGCUCACCAGGUCCUUUCCAAACCGCCUUUUUUUGUUGUUGUUGAUAAACUGAAGAAGCAGACGGAACCUUGCACAGUUUUUGACCUCUUGAGCCAGCGACUGGUGUAAAACUCUUCGUAAAGGCCCAGCUCCUCGGACUCUUCACUUCUCCUUGGACGCCGGACAGCUGGUUCAUUGUUCUGACGUCCGUCCCCUAACAUAUAAGCUCUGAGCAACUGCGGCGGCGCCCAAUCACUGAUGAGAUCCUCGCGGUCACCUCCAGUUUGCUUGCUGGUGCUUUGUGGAAUCUUCUACACCGUGUCAUCGCAGGGAAAAGGAGAGAGGACGCGGCUUUAACUCUUUUGAACGUGAUGGUUUACAUUGUGCAAUAUACACCGUAGAACUCUGUCUGUCCUGGCAGAGCUGGUCAGUUUUUGGAACUUGAAAAACCUUUUUGUUGUUGUUGUUGUCGUUUUGGGAGGGGGUGGGGUGUUCCCUCCGCAUCGCCAUUCGAAAAUCCGUGCAAGGUGGAGGAAAACAAAGAAGCAGUUUGGACUUUUGAUGCACACUUCCUGUCUGCGUGCCGCACCCACAGCCAACAAGAGACUGAAUCCCAUUGGACGCCUCUGGGUGUCUGGCACAAUACCAAAUAAAAAAAAAAAAGGGUGGAGGGGGUCCUGAGGGUAAGUUCUCCCAAUGCAGUAGACCUACGAGGCUUCUUAUCAUAGCACUUAUGAGGAGCUUGUGGCUUUCGACUCCACAAAGAAAUCAAAACAAGACAAAAGCUCUGACGAAGGGAAAACGCAACGUCAUCUUUCUGACAAACGGGAACAAUUCACUGUUACUCCAAAAUGCCCAAGCCUUGCUCACUCUGGAGACCGGGCGUGGGUGGGCAUCGGGUUGUGGGCCGAGUAGCGUAGGGGGGCGUCCACUGAGUGCCUCUUCGCUGUGGUCCGCCCAGGUGUCCGACAGCAGCACUUCCUCCCCCGGGCAACGUCUGGCAAUAAACCAGACCAACCCUUCUCAGUUGUUCAAACGCAAAGAUCACUUUAGCUGGAAGAUCUACUAGUCAUAUUUCUGGAUUGUCUCUCGUUGUUGUUUUGUGUCCGCGAUGCAUACGAAAGAGCCUCUCACUGUUCAUACGCAGAAACAUUUUUGCUCCGAGUGUGCUCAUCCUGUGUAAUGAAUGCAAAACAAGGAGAAAUACUAUUGAUUGUCUAUCGCUUUUUGGAGCUCAUCAUGCUUUGUGUUGGACAGUAUUCUGUAGUACUUCCAGAUCUGGGGGUGUUUUUCAUUCUUUUGAUCCAAGCUGCUCCACCUGCCCACAGGUUGCCCAUUGUGACCCCCUCAACACCGGCCACAUCCAGUAAACCCCCCCCUGCCCCGCCCCUGAGGCACAGAGGGCCCCUUGUAUCUGUUUCUAUGCAAAAGACGAGAAUCCGGGGCCCCUAACAAGCACGCCGCCACUCCAGCACUGCUCCCACCCCUACUGUGAACUUCACUACGGCCGCCAUUUUCUCUAGACACUGUCCCUAAAGUGGAGUGGGAAGAUUUUAUCAAAGGCUUGUGUCCAGACUUGAUCUCAGGGUAGGGUGGGGGACACACCGAGCACCACCAUGCAGCUCGCUCUCCACGCCUGUCCUUAGUUUUCUUGUACACACACCUCACGCAACGAAAAGACGCCAAUGUACUGUGCCAACUUCAAUUUGCUGAAUAGAGCACUUGUGUUCCCUUUUGAAAGGGGAAGCGGGGGGGGGCGUUAGCAUCACACCCUGAAAUGACAAAUGUUUCGUUUGUUUUUUGUUUAACAUAGCGCAGGGGGGGGAGCGUAUCAGUUUGCUUCAGUGCACAGUUGAUGAUGGGUAAUCCCGGGUACAUAUUUUUUUAAAACCAAAAAAAAAAAAACCCUACAAAUCACAUUUUAACAUCAUUUUUAUGAAGUUUGACAUAAAAAUAGUAAAGAAAAAAAAAAGCUUAAAAAAUGUAAAUGAGGAAAAAAAAAAGAAAAAGAUCUAUGAUAUGUUCAAGCUCUGCACUUCUAGCUGAAACGUCUCCGGUCGUCACGUUCUGCUAACACCACAAACAAGUAGACACACGACUGGGGUGCCUUUUUAUUUCAAUGGAUUUGAUUUGUUUUCAUUGUGGACGCUGUAUUUAUCUGUUUAUCGUUUUGUGUCGACAUCCUGCUCAAAGCAGGCCCGAUGUUGAAAAGUCCAUUUCCACUGUAUCGGAGUGGGUGAGAGGUACACAGUUUUAAAUCAAGAAGGAAAAAAGGGGGUGGGGACAAAGGCUACCUUUCAGGACACUGCGUCCUGCAGCACACAAGCAAAAAUCACUAUUGCCUGUUUCUGUAAAACUGCCUUGAUCCAAAAAGCUCAGACAGACCCAAUAGUCCACCAGUACCACGCCCAGAAAGUCAAAAGGGGCUUUCCCAUGCUGCACCAGCAUCGAGAGGCUCUCCUCUCCACAGCUCUCUACUCCAUUGCAGUACGUACAAUAUACAUAUAAACUGUUGCAUAUAUAUAUAUAUACACAUACAAAAUGUAUUUUACGUGUAUAUACUUUGUAUACAUGUGCAUCAACACUUCGGAUGGUAGCCUCGAAAAUGUUUUAUUUGUGUCUGCAAGAUUGAAAUGAAGAUGAGCAAUAUGUAUCCCCCCCCCAGACACGCACGUGCACGCAAAUUUACGAAGGAAGCAAUUCGGUUGUAAACGACUACUUGAUCACCCAUUCAGCACAUUCUUGCUUUUCAGCCACACCAUGCAGUAUACGUCAAAGCCAGUGUGCUGUCGUGCGCGUGCGUGCGUGUUUGUUCAUUAAUCUGCCCUCCAGCAUUUGCUAAUUUAAUUAAAAAAAAAAAAAGUCACAUAUCAAAAAAAUAACAAAAUAUUCUAUAUUGAACUUGAAUACUUGAACUACGGAGUACGAAUGAGUAUUUGGGCCAAGAACUGCGGAUUUUACACUAAAACAAAAAUUAGCACUUUUGUUUUUUAAACUAAAUUAAUUCUUGAUUUUCACCCCCUUUUCUCUUUUUUUUGCUUUUUGUUUCAAAAUUGUAUUCUCAGUAUUGUCAUUAGGACUUUAUUCUUGCAAGAUCAUGACUUCGCUCUCCUUGAAAGAAUACAAAUGACGUAAAAAUAGAAGAUUAUUGUGGGAAAGGUGAAACGUUUUCAUAAGAUUUUUGUAAAUAGUAGAUACAAUGCUCUUGAAUAUUGCAACUAAUUUGUGAAUUGGUUUUCAUAAACUUUUCUGGAAUCAAACACAUCUUUGAAGAAGCCUUUUGAAUUACCAUGACUUGGGUUAUCCUUUUUUCCUCGAGACUGGCCCAAAUACUCCUUGGUAAUGGAGCGCCAAUAAUGUAAUGUGAAGUCAGUAAAGGUCUCUCUAACUCUCUCUCGUCUACCAGCUAACAUGUAGACGAUGCAAAUGUUUUUGCAUUAAGUGAAUCUUUCAGAGAGAGAAAAAAAAACUGCAAGCAUCAGCUAUGGUUGUGUGCGACGGAUGUUUGAAUGUGUGCCAGAAACUGUGUAUUUUUUUUUUUUUUGGGGGGGGUCUGGUUCUCUUCUAAUGUUGCACUGAGUGUCUUGUGCCCCUCACUCAGCUAAUCGUAGUCAAAAAGUACGGGAGGGGCGACGGUGACAAUUCACGUGUACAUGUUUACUCAAGGAAUUUGUUUUCAUUCUAUCUGUACAAAAAAAAAAGUUGAUCUACCUUAUAGUGGCUUUUAUUGUGGAGUAAUCCCGAUGCGGGGUUAUCUUGAGUAUUGCACCAUUUUGUUUCAAUAAGGUAAAAAAAAGUUUUCAAAAAAAAUGUAAAAUAUAAAUUAAAAAAAUAAAAUAAAUCAAGACAAAGAGGCAAGGCCAUAGCUAGGUGUAGAAGGAUUGAUUGACUAGUGUAGCAUCAAGAAGAAUUGGGAAGAAAAGGGAGGCGGGGUCAUUUCAGAGGUGCCUAUCAUUUGUGUUCCUGUCGUUUACAAGCAUUUCAUUUGUGUCACCUUCAAAGAAAGUAGGAAUUACUACGACAGGAAUGUUGUGUUUUAAUAAGCAAAUCCUCUUCCGUGGAAUAUGGACAUGAAAACCUUGCAAAAUGAGGAUAUGUAUGCUACUUUCAGAACUCUGGGAUCGAUCAGUGUUGUCGUCAUAUUUCAAGCUCGGCCCUCGUUCCUUCGUUUGCUCGCUUUCUUGCACACUUGUUGUCGAAACAUUCAUGAAUUUUGUCUCAGGAAGGCCAGAAAUUCCAACUUCCCAACACCGCCAUCAUUUUUCCCCCUCUUUUUAUUAUUUUUUUUUUUUUUUUUUUUUUUUGCUUCUCCCAAGCAAGCACUGAAGCUUUUUUCGGGGACUCUCAAAACCAUGACGACAACAACAUGUUUGUAUUGUAGCAAGUGACAUAUUUACCAAAUAAGACUGAGAAUCAACUUUGAAUAUUGAGAAGUUAAAAAAGAAAAAAAAAGUGCUUUACAUGUGAAAUCUUACGUAGAGAUUGCUUUACAUUUAAAAACAAGGAUCAAUGGAAACUCGUUUGUUUUGUUUGUUAGUUUGUGAGUGCAGGAUGUUCUCAAUCAUCUCUCCGUGUGUCCGCGGGACACUUUUCAAGCAUCAGAGAGAUUUCAAGCAAAAGGAUCAUGAUCUAUGCACAAAAGUGGGAGGGUUCAGGGUUUCAUGUCGGCUUCUUCUUUGACUAAAUGUGCUCAUGUCGUUGUCUCGUGUUAGCUAACCCUUUUGACGUCGCCAUGCUGUGGAACCCUUCUUAACCAAUGAGCGCUUGUCCUUCUGCUUAAAGCACUGUGGGUGGGCCUGAGAAGAAGCCCGUGACUUGCUUUUUGUUUGUUUGUCUUUUGAGGGAGGGAUCAUAUGAGGGGGGGGGGGGGGGGGGGGGGACUUUGCCUUUCUCUAUAUACUUUAACACACAAAUAAUGGAAAAAUGUCUGUAACUGAAUUACAAAGUUGUGGCUUUUUAAAUGUUGUUCCUUUUUCUCCUCAUAGAAUGUGAUUGUUAAGACAUGCACCGGGAAAAAAAAAAUACCUUUCCAUUUGGACUAUGGAUCUUCUUUCGGAUAAUAUGAAUAAAAAUUACAUUUUCUUGGCUGUUA